CGCCAACCGGACGGCAAUUCCAGACGGACCAAAACAUCUCUGAGAAAGUUGACGUGGAGAUUUUCGUGCGCGAUGGCUGAUCCUAAACUAGAAAUGUCUUCUGAUAACUCCACCGCAUUACAGAACCCAAAUGCACACACGCAGCCCAACAACCCGCUGUCCAGGAAGCUUAACAAAAUACUGGAGACGAGGCUCGACAAUGACAAGGAGAUGCUCGAGGCUCUGAAGGCUCUCUCCGUGUUCUUCACUGACAACAGUUUGCGCACCAGGAGAAAUCUUCGUGGCGACAUAGAGAGACGAAGCCUCUCCAUCAACGAGGACUUUGCACGAAUAUUUAAGGAUGUAAAAGAGGCGCUUGAAAGUGUUAAUGAGGACGUUCAGGCCAUGAGCGCAUGUUCGGAAGAAAUGACCAACAGGUUGAAGGCUGCGAAGGAGCAAACUCAAGACCUCAUCGUAAAAACCAACAAGCUGCAGGGAGAAAAUCACAGGCUGGAGCUGAGAGCUCAGGUUGCUCAGGCCUUCCUCGCAAAGUUCCAGCUGUCAAAUGAGGAAAUGGCCACACUGCGAGGGUCUCGGGAUGCCCCCAUCACUGAGGAUUUCUUCAAAGCUUCUGAGCCCGAGUGAAGCACAUCCCACGAGGAUGUCAAAGUCCUCUUGCGAACCAACCAGCAAACUGCGGGGUUAGAGAUCAUGGAGCAGAUGGCCGUGUUACAGGAGACAUCAUAUGAGCAGCUGUACCGCUGGGCCCAGAAUGACUGCAGAGGACUGACCCAAGAGAGCUGCGAUGUCUCCCCUGUGUUGACUCAAGCCAUGGAAGCCUUACAGGACCGACCCGUCCUUUACAAGUACACUCUGGACGAGUUUGGGACGGCGCGCAGGUGCGCGGUGGUUCGAGGCUUCAUCGACGCGCUGACCCGCGGCGGGCAAGGCGGAACCCCGCGGCCCAUAGAGAUGCAUUCACAUGACCCCAUGAGGUAUGUUGGGGACAUGCUGGCCUGGCUGCACCAAGCCACCGCCUCCGAGAAAGAGCACCUGGAAGCUCUGCUGAAACAAGUCACUCUGCCAGGUGUGGAGGAGAACCUGCAGGAGGUGGUUGCACACAUCACUGAGGGAGUCUGCAGGCCACUCAAAGUUCGGAUAGAGCAGGUCAUUGUGGCUGAGCCUGGCGCUGUCCUGCUUUACAAGCUGUCCAACCUGCUCAAGUUCUACCACCACACCAUCAGUUCGAUCAUCGGGACCAGUGUGGCCUCUCUGCUCAUCACUAUUGAAGAAAUGCACAUUCUCAGCAAAAAGAUGUUCUUCAACAGCCUGAGUCUUCAUGCAAGCAGACUCAUGGACAAGGUGGAGCUACCACCUGUAGACUUGGGACCUACGGCCUCCCUCACUCAGACCCUCUCACUCCUCAGGGAGGUGCUGGCCUCCCACGACUCGUCGGUGGUUCCUCUGGAUGCCCGCCAGGCGGACUUUGCUCAGGUGCUCUCCUGCAUCUUGGAUCCCCUCCUGCAGUUAUGUACUGUGUCUGCCAGUAACCUGGGCACUGCUGACAUGGCUACCUACAUGGUCAACUCCCUGUAUGUCAUGAAGACAACCUUGGCUCUCUUUGAGUUCACUGACAAGAGGCUUGAGAUGCUCGAAUUCCAGAUCGAGGCUCACCUUGACACCCUGAUCAACGAGCAAGCAUCCUACGUGCUGACCAGAGCCGGACUGAGCUACAUCUACAGCUGCGUGCAGCAGCAUAGUGCUGAACAGGGUCCUCUGUCGCUCCUCCCCAGCAUGGAAAGCUCCUCUGUGAAAGCAGCGAUGGUCCAGUUCGAUCGGUACUUGUCGUCACCCGACACUCUUGUGAUGCCGCAGCUCAACUUCCUGCUCAGUGCAGCCAUCAAGGAGCAGAUUUUCCGUCAGUCCACCGAGCUGGUGUGCAGAGCCUAUGGGGAGGUCCACGCUGCGCUCAGCAGCCCAGCCAACAGCUACAAAGACCCAGAGAACCUGCUUCCCAGAUCCCCUCAGCAGGUUCAGACCUUGCUGUCCUGAGAGACACUUUUUUUGUCCCUCUCGGUUGAUCUCAAAAGGACAAGGUGAGCCCCAGCGAAGGACUCCCCGGUGUUUUUUCUUUUUUAAAGAGCUAUGUAAUUUGUAAAGAAAUAAGAACAAGUACCAUAAUAUAUAAAACGUGGCUGUUGCGGUGGGGGUUCUUGUUGGUGGGAUGUGGGUCACUGACCUCAGAGAGAGGCUCUCCCCUGUGUGCUAUGAGAAAAAACUCAUUGACUCUCUGCUUCUAUACGCAUGAUUGUACAAAUCUGUGUCUUUUUUAUUAAAAACAUUAUAUAAAACUAGUACACUUCA